GAAGAAAAAAAAUCCUUACCCACUUCUUCUUCCAAUUCCAACUACUUUCAGUUCAUGUAAAUUUGAUCACUUUCAUCUCCAUCAACCCCCAAAUUCCAAUGUCUUCACAACACAAACUCCUCCACCACUUUGUUUUGCUUCCACACUUGGCCCAUGGCCACCUAAUUCCCAUGAUAGACUUGGCCAGGCUACUAGCCCAGCAUGGCACGGUCGUCACCAUAAUCACCACCCCCCUCAAUGUCGCCCGAUCUGCCACAAUCAUCUCUCGAGCCAUCGAAUCUGGGCUCCAAAUCCAACUCCUCCACGUCCCGUUCCCAUCUGCCAGGGCCGGCCUCCCAGACGGAUGCGAAAGCAUGGAUGCUCUCCCCUCGCGACACUUGUUCAAAAACUUCGUCAUCGGCAUUUCCAUGCUACAAGAACCAAUGGAACAGUUGAUCGAUGAAUUAAACCCUCGUCCGAGUUGCAUAGUUUCCGAUAAAAAUCUUGCCUGGACAGCUGAUACCGCACGCAAGCAUCAGAUUCCGAGGCUUGUUUUUGAUGGGACGAGUUGCUUUUCGCUCUUGUGCACACACAACAUACUCAAUUCCAAGAUUCACGAGUCCGUGUCUGAGUCUGAAUCUUUCGUGGUUCCGUGUUUGCCUGACCGCAUUGAAUUAAAGCGGGCUCAGCUACCAGGAGCUGUCAAUAUGGUGAAUGAGAGAGACCGCAGUGAAAUCAGGGCCGCGGAACUGGCAGCUUUUGGGGUGGUUGUUAAUACUUUUGAAGAGCUUGAACCAGCAUAUGUCGAAGAGUUUAGAAGAGUCAGAGGCAGAGUUUGGUGCAUUGGACCGGUAUCGCUAUGCAACAAAGAGGAUGUGGACAAGGCAGAGAGAGGCAACAAGGCCUCAGUUGAUGAAAACCAGUGCUUGACGUGGCUUGACACAAAACAACCCAGCUCUGUAGUCUACGCCUGCCUCGGCAGCCUCAGCCGCUUCACGCCACCACAAUUGGUGGAGCUCGGAUUAGGCUUGGAAGCCUCGAACCGACCCUUCAUUUGGGUUAUUAGAGGAAAAAAUAUGGAAGAACUGGAGAAUUGGAUACGCGGAGAACGAUUUGAGGAGAGAACGAAAGGGAGAGGGCUUUUAAUCCGAGGUUGGGCACCGCAAGUACUUAUAUUGUCACACCCUGCAAUUGGGGGUUUCUUAACGCACUGUGGUUGGAACUCGACGUUGGAAGGCGUGUGCGCGGGCGUGCCCAUGGUGACGUGGCCGCUUUUCGCGGAGCAGUUUUAUAAUGAGAAAUUGAUUUUGCAAGUGUUGAGGAUUGGUGUGAGAUUGGGGGCUGAGUUUGCUGUGAAGUGGGGGGAGGAAGAGAAGUUUGGGGUGUUGAUGAAGAGUGAACAAGUGAGGAGGGGUAUAGAGGAGGUGAUGGGUGAAGGAAAUGAAGGAGAAGAAAGGAGGAAAAGAGCAAGAGAGCUUGGGAAGACGGCUAAGAGGGCAAUGGAGGAAGGGGGUUCUUCUUUCCUCAACAUGCAUGUUUUAAUCCAAGAUAUUAUGCAACAGGUUAAGGGCAAUCAACCUAUAACAUGAGAGAGAUACUACAAUACAUUAGUAAUAAGUCUAAAUUGAUCAGGAAAUUGGAUACAGGAAGUAUGGAUGGACAAAAUUUUUAGAAGUGGACCCAUUAACAAUUUUUGAUAAAAUCUCGUUUAUACUCGUAUUUUAUUUUAUUUAUGUGUUUAGUUUUUAUGUUGGUAACAAAUUAAUAAAAAAUUAAAUAGAGUUUAUAAGAUCCGUCAAAUUCCGAGUCUUGAUGC